GGGGCGGCGCCGGCCGCAGUCGGCACGGGGCAGCGAGCGGCGCGCCGGCUUGCGCGCACCCCGCACACGGCGCGCUGCCACGGAGGGAGCGAGCACCAUGUGCCGGCCAGCGCUCGCCCGGCUGCUGCUCCUCCAGCUGCUGCUGCUGAAGCUGCACCUCGGCAAAGGCGCCGUCAAGGAGUGCGAGGAGGACCAGUUCCAGUGCCGGAACGAGCGGUGCAUCCCCGCCAUCUGGAAAUGCGACGAGGACGACGACUGCUCGGAUAACAGCGACGAGGCGGAUUGCCCAAAGAAAACUUGUGCUGAGUCAGAUUUCACUUGUGACAACGGCCACUGCAUCCCAGCCAGGUGGAAAUGUGAUGGUGAAGAAGAAUGUCCUGAUGGGUCAGAUGAAUCAGAAGCAGCAUGCACUAAGCAAGUAUGUCCAGCUGAAAAAAUUAGCUGUGGGGACUUAAGCAACAAAUGUAUCCCAUUGUCCUGGAGAUGUGAUGGGCAGAAGGAUUGUGAAAGUGGUAUUGAUGAGGCUGGUUGCACUCCUGCCUGUUCUCCCAAUGAGUUCCAGUGCAGUAACAAGUCGUGCAUCUCCAUCAUCUUCGUGUGUGACGGUGACAAUGACUGCGGGGAUGGCAGUGAUGAAAGAAAAUGCUCCCCUCUGACCUGCAACCCCAAUGAGUUCCAGUGUAACAACAGCGUGUGCAUCCCAGAGCUGUGGGUCUGCGAUAACCAGAUGGACUGUGAGGAUCAGUCGGACGAGUCCAUAGAGAAGUGUGGCUACGACGCCAAGGCCCUCAACACCUGCGCGGCUCAUGAGUUCCAGUGCGGCAAUGGUGAAUGCAUCCACCUGAAUUGGAAGUGUGACGGGGACGAAGACUGCAAGGACAAGUCUGAUGAGCAGGAUUGCCCUCUGGUGACCUGCCGGCCAGAUGAAUUCCAGUGUGGCGAUGGGACCUGUAUCCACGGAGCAAAGCAGUGUGACAAGGUGCACGACUGUCCUGACAACAGUGACGAGGCAGGCUGCGUCCAAGAGUCAGCAUGUGAAAGUCCCAGCAAGUUUCAGUGUAAGAGUGGAGAGUGCAUUGACGGAGGCAAAGUGUGCGAUUCACAUAGAGACUGCAGGGACUGGUCUGACGAGCCUGUGAAAGAAUGUGGUAUUAAUGAAUGCUCUAUGAACAACGGUGGUUGCUCACACAUAUGCAAAGACUUGAAGAUUGGUUAUGAAUGUGAAUGCCCACCCGGAUACAAGCUUCUGGAUAAAAAAACGUGUGGAGACAUAGAUGAAUGUGAGAAUCCAGACGCUUGUAGCCAGAUCUGCAUUAAUUACAAGGGGGACUACAAAUGCGAGUGCUACGAGGGAUAUGAGAUGGACACCCUAUCCAAGAACUGCAAAGCUGUAGGGAAGAGCCCAUACCUGAUCUUCACCAAUCGCCAUGAGGUCCGUAAGAUAGACCUGGUGAAAAGGGAUUACUCUCGCAUCAUCCCCAUGCUGAAGAAUGUCGUGGCACUGGACGUGGAGGUGUCAACAAACAGAAUAUAUUGGUGUGAUUUGUUCUAUCGAAAAAUCUACAGUGCCUACAUAGACAAAGCAAGUGACACAGCUGAGCAGGUGAUUUUGAUAGACAGCCAGCUGAACUCUCCUGAAGGACUGGCAAUAGACUGGGUUCAUAAGAAUAUCUACUGGACGGAUUCUGGAAACAAGACCAUCUCAGUGGCCACUGCAGAUGGAAGCAGGAGGAGGACACUUUUCAACAGUGACCUCAGUGAGCCAAGAGCCAUUGCUGUUGAUCCCACACGGAGGUUCAUGUACUGGUCUGACUGGGGAGACAAAGCUAAGAUCGAGAAAGCUGGCCUGAAUGGCAUGGGGCGGCAAGUGCUGGUGACUGACAACAUUGAGUGGCCAAAUGGCAUCACACUUGAUUUGCUGAAUCAGCGUCUCUACUGGGUAGACUCCAAAUUGCAUUCACUGUCCUGCAUUGACUUCAAUGGCAGCAACAGAAAAGUUCUGAUCUCUUCUGUUGACGAUCUGAGCCAUCCUUUUGGCUUAGCAGUGUUUGAGGACAGAGUAUUCUGGACUGACCUGGAGAAUGAAGCAAUCUUCAGCGCAAACAGGCUGAAUGGCUUGGACAUCUCCGUUUUGGCAGAAAAUCUCAAUAAUCCUCAUGACAUCGUGGUAUUUCAUGAACUAAAGCAGCCCAAAGCUCCAGAUUCCUGUGAGCUCAGCCCCCAACCAAACGGAGGCUGUGAGUAUUUGUGUCUUCCUGCACCUCAGAUCUCUCCCCAUUCUCCCAAGUAUACGUGUGCCUGUCCUGACAAUAUGUGGCUGGGUCCUGACAUGAAAAAAUGCCACAAAGAUCUUCCAACUACUUCAACUACUGUACUGGUUUCUACAACCGGAGCAUCCCGUACUGCUGGUACCACCACCAUCGCAACUGUACUUGGCAGCGCCAAUACCACCACGGAAGUCGUCCCCAAAGCUGUAUCAGAAGCGACGAUUACCACCCCAAGUUUUCAUUUACCUUCUACCACAUCCAUCCUGAUAGAUUCUGAGAUGACCACUGGAAACAGCAAUUUAUCACAGCACUAUGCAAAUAAUGACCAAGGCUUUGAUUCAACUGUGACAGCAGCUGUUAUUGGAAUUGUCAUUCCUGUCGUGGUCAUUGGCUUGCUGUGCAUGGGAGGAUACCUCAUCUGGAGAAACUGGAAACGGAAGAAUACUAAAAGUAUGAAUUUUGAUAAUCCAGUGUAUAGGAAGACAACGGAAGAGGAAGAUGAAGACGAAAUCCACAUUGGGCGGACUGCCCAAAUUGGACAUGUCUACCCAGCACGUGUAGCAUUAAGCUUAGAAGAUGACGGGUUGCCAUGAGGAUGAAGUUGCUGCUCCAAACAACACACUGAACAAAUUUGCUUUGGAUCACAGAACCUGCUUCUUCUCGAUCGUUAUUUAUGUUGCAGAAGGGUAACCACAAAGUUAUAAUGAACUGCAAACAUCCAAAGGAUGUGAGAGUUUUGUAUGUAUAAUCUUUUAUACACAUUUUAACUUGUUGCACUACCCAUUUGUGAUAGUGAAUAAGCGACAGCUGAGCUACUAACUCAAUGUACAUAACCAGCCAGGCUGAAGGUUCAGUAGCUAUUGCUUUAUUUUAAGACUAUAUUUAUAGAUAUUUUGUAAAUAUGUUGAAUAUGCUUUGUGGCUAUCCAUCAACAUAAGUAAAACAAAUUCUGUACAGGCAGUUUAGAAAUAUUUAUUAACAAAAUCUGGAUUAUAAGAUCUGUUCUGUAAAUAUAGUAGAGGGGUGAGAGUAUUUAUUUUUUGUAUGUUUGGCUUGCUGUGCAUAGAUUAUCUGUGUAUAUAUCUAUCUAGUCUAGAUAGAUAUAUAGGCAUAUAAAUAUAUACAUAUAUAUAAAAAUAUAUACAUAUAUUUUAAAACUACUAGCCUACAUUUAUGAAAAUUAGGGCUAACUGAAUUUUUACAGGAUGUUUGAGAAGUUUGCUUUGAAAUCUAAAGACACUAAGUGAGAAAGAGCUGUUGGGUAAGAUAGCUGACAAAUGAAGCACUCCCUUAACAAACAGCGCUCCUGUUUUCCGAACUGGCUCGUAAGGGUUGCUUUUAAAUUUUCUAGUCUGUCCAGAAAGAUUCAUCUGCAGUGCUUUUAACUGAAGAGCUAUCGCUUACAGCAUUUCAGUCAGGAGAAACUCCUACAGCGCCCAGUUUUUUUGUGUUGUAUUGUUGCUUUUUACAGCUUGGUACAAAUUUGAUUUAGGUUUUUUGUUUGUUUCUAAAUGUAAAUCUAAAUGCUUUUCCUCACUGGGAAUCUUGCACCUCUCAAGUUAGCUUAGAAUUAGUAGAAACAAAGAUUUAGCCACAUAUUUCCAUAUACCCAAAGUGAGCACUCUCACCUAGCUCAUCAGGAAAAAAAAAAAAAAACAGCACAAUAACAAAAGUUAAUUCCUUCCCUCCUUGCCCUUUUGCCCUACUGAUACUGAUUAAGAGUCCAAAUUAGGGGAUGCUGUGGGGCAGUGUCUUAAUUCAGCAUGUGUAGAAUUCUUUUAAGUGCAGCAAUUAUCUUCCAAAUUACUGCCAGUGGAACAACCUGUACCAUGGUAGAUCUCCCAUACCACAGAGCACUAGGCAAGGAGGUUAAAAAUUCACAGCCUUAUCGAUACUUUUGGCUGGGUCAUCCUGCACCUUGCAGAAAGAACAGUGGGUUUUCUCAUCAUCUCAUUCUAGAAGUUUCCCAGGGAAUUCUAUGGGAAGUGAAUAGACUUACCUAGCACCUCCCUGAACUGUACCAAAACCUAGAGAAAUCUUCCUCAUUUUCUCCGUCAGUCCAAGCUUUUGUAUUCAAGUGAGUAGAAGAAACUCAGCCUGAAUAGGUUUGGGGCUUUUUUUUUUUUUUUCCCUUUCUUCCUUUUGUGUUUGUUUUUCUUUCUUUUAGAAUAAAUUCACAGUGUAAUAUGAGCUGGAAGUUGAUUCUUGACUAAGAAAAGGAAGAAAGUGUCUGAAGACCUAGUAUGCAUUACAAACGUAAUACAUACUCUCAAAAUAUUUCAUGGCCUGCAUAGACAAUAUAUAAAUAAUGAAGCAUCCUUCUAUUUACAUUCUAGAUUUUAAGGCAGUAAAAAAAAUGAUUGAGAGAUCCAAUUAUUGUUUUAAGGUAUGAAGCUCUGUUUGUACAAAUCCAUGCACUGUGUGCAUGAAGAAAAAAAAAAACUGAGAAGGCUGUAUGUGGCAACACUGUAACUAACAGACAAAUGUAAAUAUAUUUGAAAGUUCUACAGUUUUGAUACUUUUUUAAGAACACAUACACACAAACAAACCUGUACAAACCAUGUAUAAAAGGCUGCAGUUUUUUUUCAAACCAUUGUAAAUGAACUCAAUGUGCAGUGCUGAUUUCAACCUUUACAGAUUUAUAACUACUGAGAAGUCAGACACCAAAUUUGUUUUUUAAGAAAUUAAUUAUUUUAAAUAAUGGUUCACAUUGUUAGGAUGAUGUUUAACAUAGUAAUCAUUUCUGAUCUCUGUCUUGUCAUAUUGAAGUUCUGUUAGAGUAAGUUCUUGCUUGGUGCCUUUUGUGUUUCAGUUUUUACGUUGCAGACAAAAGGACCGGGGUGGGGGAGGGAACUGCUCUGUGUAACACUUGCUGUACUUACAUCAAUAAGGAUUACUGAAAACCAAAUGAACACAUUUGUAAAACAGUGCACUGUUUCUAUAGAAAGAUUAAAUUUUUUUAUCUGGGA